GUGCGAGGUCCGGUAGCGCGGAGAGAGGGAGGGUAGCGCUCCGCAGGCUUCCCCUCAGCCCCGGCUUCUCUCCGUCCCGCCUUCCAACAUGAAAGCCUUCAGCCCGGUGCGGUCCGUCAGGAAAAACGGCGGCCUCUCGGAGCAUAACCUGGGCAUCUCCCGCAGCAAAACCCCGGUGGACGACCCCAUGAGCCUGCUGUACAACAUGAACGACUGCUACUCCAAGCUGAAGGAGCUGGUGCCCAGUAUCCCGCAGAACAAGAAAGUGAGCAAGAUGGAAAUCCUGCAGCACGUUAUCGACUACAUCCUGGACCUGCAGAUCGCCUUGGACUCGCACCCCAGCAUCGUCAGUCUCCACCAUCAGAGACCCGGGCAAAACCCGUCCUCCAGGACUCCUCUCACCACACUCAACACAGACAUCAGCAUCCUCUCCCUACAGGCGUCCGAGUUCCCCUCAGAGCUCGUGUCAGGCGACAGCAAAGCACUUUGUGGCUGAAUCACACGGUGUUCCACUGAUGAGAUUUUUUUUUUUUUUGCACAAGAAAAUGUCUACAGGAUCUUGUUUUGAGGUGCUGAAUUUAUUUUUCAGCUGUAUCUGGAGGGGAAAAUCCACAUCUUAACUAAAAGGACCUUUUAAAAUUAAUAAAGAAGAAAAAAAAAUCAAGAUUGAUCUUUAUCCCCACCCCAUUCUUCAACUUGGACUGAACCUAGUUAUUUAUGAAGAGACUCUUAAAUACCCUUUCCCUAGUUGGAAGGCUUCCUUUAUAUACUAUUCCCAACGUGGGGAGCGAAACAAAAUCUCACAAGGAGUUGCCCAUUUUAAAGCAGACUUUGCCUUUUUUUUCCAAAGGUGGAGCGUGAGUACCAGAAGGAUCCAGUGUUCAGUUUUUUAGGAAAGUCUGUGGUCAGAAAUUACCUUUUUGACGCAAACCUAGGACUGAAUGCUGUGUAUAUAUUUAUAUAUAAAUAUAUAUAUGAGUGAAACCUUGUGAACUCUUUAAUUAGAGUUUUCUUGUAUAGUGGCAGAAAUUUACAUUUCUGCAAAAAGUGUAAUGAUGUACUUAAUCAUGCUAAACUUUUUAUAAAAGUUUAGUUGUAAACUUAACCCUUUUGAUACAAAAUAAAUCAAGUGUGUUUAUUGAA